AUGCCGGGUCUUAUUGGUAUCGGUGAAUUUAUUGACGAAACUCGAGAGGAUUACAGUUCACCAACUACAUCUACAUUUGUUUCGCGUAUGCCACAAUGCCGGCAAACUAUAAACGCCUUAGAAGAGACCCUGGAUUUCGACCGCGAUGGCCUAACGAAACUCAAAAAGGCGAUAAAAGCUAUUCACAAUUCUGGAAAUGCUCAUGUGGAUAACGAGAUGUAUUUGUCACGGGCAUUGGAGCGGUUAGGAGAGAAUGCACUCAGCAAAUAUUCAGAGCCUGACAUCGGCGCUGCAUUUUUCAAAUUUGCAGUGGUCACCAAGGAGCUGUCAGCACUCAUGAAGACUCUGAUGCAGAACAUAAACAACAUAGUGAUGUUUCCUAUCGACAGUCUUCUGAAAGGUGAUCUCAGAGGGGUUAAAGGCGAUCUCAAGAGACCUUUCGAUAAAGCGUCUAAAGACUACGAGUCCAAGUACCUGAAACUAGAGAAAGAGAAAAAAUCACAAGCAAAAGAAGCCGGUCUAAUACGUAGUGAAGUUACACCUGCCGAAAUUGCUGAUGAAAUGGAAAAAGAACGUAGAUUAUUUCAGUUGCAGAUGUGUGAGUACCUGAUAAAGUUCAACGAAAUCAAGACAAAAAAAGGGAUCGAGUUACUACAGCACCUGGUGGAGUAUUAUCACGCACAAACUAACUAUUUUCAAGAUGGUUUAAAAACAAUCGAACACUUUGGCGUUUACGUUGCGGAUCUCAGUGUACAAUUGCAGAAAAUACGACAGCAGCAAGACGACGAGCGACGAAGGCUCCUAGAGCUCAGGAAUAUGUUACGAGCCGCCACACCACAGGAUAGAGAAGCAGCGUCGGCAGUGGGUGGUUAUUCUCUUCACCAAUUGCAAGGCGAUAAACAGCAUGGCGUGACGAGAAGUGGAUACCUUCUCAAGAAAUCAGAAGGCAAAGUUAGAAGGGUUUGGCAAAAGAGAAGAUGCAGGGUCACAGCCGAAGGUUUUUUAGAUAUUUUUCACGCAGAUGAAAACAAAACACCGGCCAGAGUUAAUUUAUUAACGUGUCAAAUUAAAGUUGCCUCAGAUGACAAGAGAGCCUUCGAUCUAGUCUCAUAUAAUCGUACAUACCAUUUCCAAGCGGAAGACGAAAAUGAACAGCGAGCUUGGACGUCAGUGCUAAUUAAUUGUAAAGAAGGGGCAUUAAUGAGGGCGUUUCAUCAACAAGCCGGAGAAAGUAACGACACAGGACACUCGUUGUUGGAUCUGCAAAGGUCCAUAAUACGAGCGGUCCGAUCGUUACCCGGUAACCAAGUGUGUGCCGACUGCGGUUCUACUAAUGAUCCAACUUGGUUAUCCACAAAUUUCGGCGUCAUCGUGUGUAUCGAAUGCUCAGGAAGCCAUCGAGAAUUGGGUGUUCAUAUAUCAAGGAUUCAAUCGUUGACCCUGGACAAAUUAAGCACCUCUCAGUUGCUCCUCGCUAGGCAUAUGGGAAACCAGUUGUUCAAUGAAGUCAUGGAAAAUACUCUCGAUGAAAGGGAUAAACUCACUCCAGAAAGCACUAUGGAAGAAAGGCUACGGUUCAUAAGGGAGAAGUACGUGUAUAGGACGUGGGCGGCGCAGACGUGCAGGGACGCGGCGGAACGGCUGUCUGAAGUAGAGCAUGCGGUUAAUAAUGGCCACUUGCAGAACUUGCUUCAAGCUUAUGCAGAAGGGGCUGACUUGGGCUCGUCACUGCCUAGUUCGGAUUGUGGCGAAACAGCACUCCAUCUGGCGAUAUCGCGUGAACUCGGCGACGGUUCGUGUCUGCACAUUGUCGAUUUUCUAGUCCAAAACGGUGGUUCGCAGCUCCUCGACAAGGCGACAGUAUCCGGCAUGACCGCGCUGCACCUGUGUGCGGCCAUCGACCGCACCGAGCCCAUGAAGCUGCUGCUCAAGGCGGGUGCGGACACGACCUUGAAAGAUACUAAUGGAAGGACGGCUUUGCAGAUCGCGAGGCAACUGGGACACCAUGCGUGUCAAGAGCUGCUGGAAAGUGUCGACAAAAGAGAAAAGAGUAUUUACGAAAAUAUAAACAUCGAUUGGAAUUUGUCACACGAUGACGGUUCCACAGAUUUCUCAGAUGACGACACAGUUAUCGAUGAAAGACAAAACGGCAGCGUGACACCAGAGAAGAAGUGUCCCAGGUCGCGGCCACCAUCUUAUGCGGGUACGUGCGGUGGUGGAGGGGUGGUCGGGGGCGGGGGCGGGGGCGUGGUCGGCGGCGGGGGGGAGUCGCCGGUGCUGCGCUCGCGCUCGUCCACGUGCGACUCGCUGCACCACGCGCCGCCCACGCCGACCACGUUGCCUAGGAAACCUAAUGUUUAUAACAUAGGCAGCCUGAAGAAGCGUGCGGCGCCGCUGCCGCCGGGCGUGGCGGCGCCGCUCCCGCGCUCCACGCCCUCGCCCUCGGCGGACUCCACUCGCUCCAUACAUGGUGUGCCGCUGGGCGCGGCGGGCGCGGCGGGCGCGGCGGGCGCGGCCAGGCCCCGGCCGCAGCAGCAGCCGCCGCCCACGCCGCCGCCCGCGCUGCACAACGGCGCGCACCGCGACGAACCCACGCCCCCGCCGAGAAAGAAGAAAAAUAGAUUGCACCUGGAAAAUGCAGUGAAAGGGAAACUGAAAAGGGAAUGUUCUAGUCAAGACUCGUCGUUAGAGCUGUGCGACAUAUCGGACGCGCUGGACGACAGCCGCCUGCAGUCGGCGCUGUCGUGCGACAGCUCGCGGUCGCGCGAGCGCUCGCGCCGCAGCGACAGUCGCUCGCUGGACGUGUCGGACGCCUCCAGCGUGCACUCCAGAUCGCCUUCCACAUCUAUCACCAUGAUGGGAGGCGGCAUGCGACGGUGUCGUGCGUUGUACGACUGCUCCGCGGACAACGAGGACGAGCUGUCCUUCCGGGAGGGCGAGAUCAUCGUCGUCAUCAACGAGCGCACCGAGGACGACAACUGGAUGGAAGGCCAGGUGGAAGGCACCGCGCGGCGAGGCAUGUUCCCCGUCUCUUUCGUACACAUGCUACCCGAC